AUAUAAUGAUAAGGUGUCAGAUGCGGCUAAAAUGUUCAAAAAAGUUUCAAAAUUACAUUAUUGUAAAUAUUUUAACAUAUACAUAUAUAUUUUAUAAAUUUUAAUCUGGUUCAAUAUGUUUAGCUGUACUAUAUUAAAACUUUGUUAUUCAACCAAAGUAAAAUUGGCACCUAUUUUGAAUGAAACUAUCAAACAAAAGUUAUCAUGUAAUGAGUUAAAGCCUAGAAAACACCCUGGUCGGUGUCAAAGGAUUGCUGAACCUCUUCCUGAUGAUCUAGUUAAAUCUAUUGUUAAUUCUUUAAAAGAUUCACAAAUAAAAAGUAUAAUAAAAGAUGGUCAAUUAUUAUUGAACUAUUUACAUAGUAGACAUAUGCCAGUAGAACAAAAGGAAAAAAAUAAAAAAAGAUUGCAGAAAAAAACUGAAUUGGAAGAAAAAUAUAAUAUUAAUGAAAUGUCAGAUCAACAAAAAGAAAAAUUUCAAAAAUUCCUGUACAACCGUGUAGAAAAAUUAGUAGCUCAACAGACCUAUUGUUGGAAACCAAUUGAUUUCAAUAAUGAAUAUGUUUGUCAUCAGUAUCUUUUAACAAGAAUAGCUCCAGAAUAUUCUGCUAUAAAAUUAUUAUUUAAUGAAAUAAAAGAGAGAGAUCCAGACUUUAAACCACAAUCAUUAUUUGAUUUUGGGUCUGGAAUUGGAACUGUAACUAUGAAUGCAAGAAAUGUAUGGGGUGACUCAUUAAAGGAAUAUUACUGUGUUGACACAUCAUCUAAAAUGAACGAUUUAUCCAAACUUAUUUUACAAGGUGGAAAUUUUAAUAAUGAUAGUGCUUUACCUAAAGGUUUAUGCUACAGACAAUUUUUACCGGGAUCACCUACAUUAAAAUUUGAUAUUGUUGUUUCUGCAUAUUCUUUAUUUGAACUACCUGACAUGAGAACUCGUUUUGAAACUCUACUGAACUUGUGGAAUAAAACAAAUAACUAUAUUGUACUUAUUGAAAUGGGCACAAGAGCUGGAUUUGAAAUUAUUAAUGAAGCUAGGGAUCUUUUCUUAAAUAUUUAUUUAAAUCAGGAUGCCCAAUGUCAUGUAGUUUCACCAUGUCCUCAUGAACAUUCUUGUCCACGUUUUGAUACUGACGAUACUCCUUGUAAUUUUCAAGUUCCAUAUUUUACACCAAAAAUAUCCCAACAGUCUACUUAUAAAAGUGAACUUGUAUCCUACGUUAUAAUAAAGAAAGGACCUAGAUCAAUAAAUGAUGAUCAAUGGCCACGAAUAGUCAGGCCAGUUUUAAUACGUUCUAAACAUUCUGUUUGUCGAAUGUGUACUAGUAGUGGUAAAUUGGAAGAAAUUAUUUUCACUGCAGCAAAACAUGGCCAAUCACUUUAUUGGUGUGCAAGAUCUAGUAAAUGGGGUGAUAGACUACCAAUAACAAUUAAAACAAAAGAAUAGAAAUCUAAUAUAUCUACAUAACAAAUAAAUUUUAUUUAAAAAAUG